AUGAAGUUUGAACUCGUCACCCUCGGCCUCCUUGGCAUGGCUUCUGCGAGCCCUGCGCAGCCGCUUGCGCACAGCCCCCGAAGCAACAUCGUCAAGCGCCAGGUCCCCCAGGAGCACUCUCACGAGAUCUUCCUGACGAUCACCCGCGAGUUUCUCAACCUCAACAACCCCAAGGGCAUUGCCGAUCCUGUCUUCGGCCUCCUCGGUGACGCUGCCGCUUCCAAGGGCGCCGGCAAGGUCACCAACCUGGCAUGCCUCAAGCAGGAGACUGCUGACCAGGCCUUCACCAACGCCAAAAAGGUGGGAGACAUUCGCGGCAUGUCCGCUGCCCUCGUCUACCAGGCCCUCGAGCGCAACACCGGCUCUGUUGGCGGCGUCAGUGCCGCUUGCACUGACAAGCCCGUCAACCCUGAAAUCGGCGCGUUCGCCCAGCACCAGGAUGCCGCCGGUCCUGGCGCCCUCGCAGGCAACAAGGCCAUUGCCCUGGCUCUGGCCAAGCAGCUGGCCCUCAUCGGCGGCGAUCCACUCCUCGCGCUUGAGAGUGGCACCUUUGUCGCCGGAGACCUCAAUGACAGGACCGCCGCCGGCAAGUCCUGCGACAGCGCCAAUGACCCCGUCGGCUGCAUUUUCACCCAGCGCCUCCUUCUCCUCGAUGCUACCCCUGACGAGAUCAAGGCCGCCGUUCAAGGUGUCGUCCCGGCCUUCACGGGCACCGGCCAGCUCAAGGCCACCCACAUUGACUUUGCUGGUCUUCCCGUCGCCGCUGCGGCCGGCGCCCCUGCUCCUGCCGGCCCGGCUGCUGCGAAGCCUAACGUCACACCUCUCGCCUCAGCUCCCGGCGCUGGCAACGCCGUUGCGAAGCCAGCCGCUUACGCACCGGGCGACGAUGAGUGCGAGCCUGUGAAGCCCACUACGACUACCACCCGGAGCUGCACCGUCAUCACCAAGACCGUCCCCGCCACUGACGUCCCGACUACCCCGGCCGGCAACAACAUUCAAACCUUCACUGGCACCCUCGGCGGCGUCGCCCCUCCCGUCAUCAAGGGUACCGGUGACCGCCCCUUCUCCGUCAACGGCAACACCUUUACCGGUGCCGGUGCCGCCCUUGGCCGCUCGUGUGACAUUCAGCACAACGCCUGCGCCAACGCCGCCAACACGGGCAAGCUGACCGGCGGUGUCGGCCAGUGCGACACUCAGAACACCCAGUGUCACGCUGCCAGCUCCCUCAGCAAGCGCUUCCUCCGCGAGCGCCGCCAGGCCACACCUGCCGCCGGCAACUUUGGCACCUGCACGGACCCUAGCAUCAAGUUCGCCGCCGGUCUCGACGGUCGCAAGGAGUCGGCCUUCAUCCCCAACAACCUCAAGGACUUUGGCCACGGCUCCGCUCAAAAGGUCGGCAUUAUCGCCGGCUUCAUCUGCCAGCGCCUCAGCGACUCGUGCAAGGCGCCCGCCGCCAUCCAGGCCACGUGCGCCCAGGCCAGCGCCGCCGCCGUCGCUGCCACCCAGAACCAGGCUGCUGCUGAUGCCUUCAACGGCAUCCUCCUCGGCAAGGCGGCCGCGCUUCCCGCCAAGACUACGCCUACGCCGGCGGCCGGCGUUGCCGCUGCUAUCACGCCUGCACCGGCUACUGGCGAGGACGCGCACCCGCCGCCUGCUCCUGCCGUCAUGUAUAUCACCAAGUGUACGUAG